AUGAAAUCAAAUGAAGAGGCCACAAAACUCAUUCCUGAUGUUAAUGGAGAAGCUGGUAAUGAUUCCAAUAGUUCAGUAGACGCUAGUCGCCAUGAAAAUAACAGCACUGAUCAAGCCGCUGAUACUUCAAGUAUGAUUAGUUUCAAUGAAACUACGAACCUACAAGACUCUAUCAACCCAAACAGAUCUUUUUUAUACAUUAUUUUAUUAACUUUAAUCAUUGGUGGUCUUCAAUUAUCAUGGUGCACAGAAUUUACGGAAGGAACCCCAUUUCUUUUGUCAUUAGGUAUAUCUAAACAUACCCUAGCUCUUGUUUGGAUUGCUGGUCCAUUGAGUGGAUCUCUAGGUCAACCUAUUAUUGGGAUAUUCAGUGAUAAUUGUCAAUAUAGAUAUGGAAGGAGAAAACCAUUCAUAAUCGGUGGCUGCUUAGCUACCUGUCUAUCAUUGUUGUACUUGAGUAAUUCCGUGGAUCUAAUUAAAUUGAUUUCACCAGCACUCAAUGAAGAUGAAGUAAAAAGAAGAACAAUUCCUUUUGCUGCUUUAGGUGUUUACUUAUUGGAUUUCUCAAUUAGUGCCAUUCAAGCUGCUGCUAGAGCUUUCAUAGUUGAUAAUGUUGCCACUCACCAACAACAAAUUGCGAAUGCAAUGGCUGCUAUAAUGAUCGGUGGAUUCAACAUAUUUGGAUACAUUUUGGGCUCCCUCAAACUUACUAAGUUUUUGUUUUUCCUUGGAAACACCCAAUUCAAAGUUCUAGCAACUUUUGCAAGCUUGGUCUUAAUUCUGACCACCACUAUUUCUUUGUUGUUCGUUAAAGAAAGGGACCCUACACAAGACCUUGUCAUCAAAGCUGAACGUAAAAAAAAUAGAAAAAGGCUCCAAGAAUUAGGGAUUGAAAAUCCUCAAACAAUAUCUGGGACCAUUUUGUCGCUUUAUAAGCAAACUAGCCAUAGUAUAACCAGACUUCCUCCUCAGGUGAAAAUAGUCUGUUUGGCUGAAUUUUUUGCUUGGAUUGGAUAUUUUCCAAUGUUAUUUUACACAACAACUUACGUUGGUGAACUUUACAAGUUUGAGUUUUACAAGAAUAGAGAACCAGGUUUGCCUCCGUUGACACCUCAUGAACAGCAGGAACUACUGGAUGAAAGCACUAGAAAAGGUGCACUGGCCCUUCUCUUACAUUCCAUUACAUCUUUCGGUAUUGACCUUCUUCUUCCGUUACUAGCCAGACCGAAAAACUCAACGGAUGUUAACUUCAAUAAUGACCUAAUGCCAACCGGUUAUAAUGGUGUUUCAAGAUUUAUCGAAGGUUUUAGAACUCGAUAUUGCAGCUGGUUAACUGUUAGAAGAUCGUGGUAUAUUUCCCAUAUUAUUUUCAUAAUGUGUACUAUAUCCACUUUUGUCGUAAGGUCUUCAAAUGCUGCCAUAUUUUUAUUUGCAAUACUUGGUAUUACUUGGGGGAACGCAUUAUGGGCACCUUUCGUUUUAAUCUCAGAAGAAAUUUCAAGAAUAAAGGAAAUUAAAACGAAGCUACAUCAACACAAAAUCAAUCAAUCACAGAGUGAUGGUAUUUCAGCUUCUGGUAUAAACAAAUCAGUUUCUCGCGAAUACGAAGACUUGGAGCAUGAGGCUGGUAUAAUAUUAGGCAUCCAUAAUUUCUUUGUUGCUGCACCCCAGGUUAUCAGCUCGUUGUUCAGUAGUAUAUUAUUCAAGCUCUUGUCUUCCAAUGAUUCAGCAAAUCAUGCUGUUUAUGAUGAUAGCUUGGGUUGGGUUUUCAGAUUUGGCGGAUUAGCUACGGUCGGUGCCUUAAUUUUCAGUAUCAAAGUUAGAACAGAUGAACAGCUUCACGAGGAAGAAUCAAGAAUAUUUACAGAAGACGCAUAA